AUGAUCGACUGCAUGAUUCCUACGCUGUGGCGACAGUAUCGAUUCUCGGUCGGAUUCGUGUCACGCUGCGAGGAAGGCAAUUCGAACUCGCGGCUGAGUUCAUUCAAAAACGGCCCUGACGUCUUCGCCCGUCGCAUAAAUUAUUCAUCGACGCAGAGAGGAGUACACACGCAACCCAACCCUUCCCCGCAUCCGCCCAGCGUGACGGCCGGGCGUCACGCACGCGAGAUUAGCACGUCGGGCGUAAUUUCACGGCAACACGCAAACACAGCUUUUUGCACAAAAGGCCACAGAGUAACGUGCUCAAAGGCGGCAGAGGCUAGCAAGGCUUUGAGCGACGCGGCGGGGCUCAACGCCUGUGUGUCGGAUGACGUG